UCAACUCUGCAAUCUGCAGAUUUUUGAAGCUGGAAUCACUUCAGCAUCCACCAGAAAUGAUUCGAGCUCUGAGAAGCCUCCGGUCUCCAUUCUUCUCCUCCUCUCCUCUCCCCUUCUCCCUCCUUAAGUUCCGGUGCCGUAAUCUCAUCUCUCCCCACUCUUCAGAUCCAACAAACCCUACAAUCCCUUUUUCCACAACCAGAAUAUCCACCCACGGCCUCCGACGGAGGAAGAAGAACUUCAGAGACCCUCCGCCGGACCAAUCUCAAAUAUCCGCCGCGGUCGCAUCUCUACCGCCGCGCUUCACCUCAUCGGACUUAUCCGCCGCCAUCGCCCGCCUCCACGACCUUCGCCUUUGCAUUCCCCUCCUCCAUUGCUCUCUUCAUCGCCCCAACCUUGUCCGACAUGGUGACUCCACCGCCUUCUCUCCCUUCCUCAUCGCUGUCAAGCGCCUUGGUACAGCCCAUCUCUACCGCGAAAUGGACUCCGCGGCCUCCCUUGCAUUCUCGAUCUCCUCUCUCCCCGAGGCCUUUUUCAAUGCCCUAAUUCAUUUCUAUUCUGAGGCACGUUGGGUCUCAAAAGCCAUCGGAGUUUACAAGAUCAUGCGCUCUUCCAGAUCCGCCGCCCAGCCGACCACACGUACCUUCCAUCUUCUCUUUAACGCUAUUCUGGGCCACCGUGGUGCGAACUCCUACAUCCACCAUCUAUACAUGGACGCCCUCCGCUCCCUAUUUCGUCAGAUGGUAGGGUCUGGUGUCGCACCUGACAUAUACGCCCUCAACGCCAUGAUCAAAGGGUAUGUAUUGUCCCUUCACCUCAACGACGCCCUUCGUAUAUUUCACCAGAUGGUUCCAAUCUAUGGUGUAGUGCCGGAUGAACAUACCUACAGCUAUUUGGUGCACGGGCUCUGUUCGCAGGGGAGAACGCGGAACGCUAAGGAACUCUAUGUGGAAAUGAGAGAGAAGCGGUUGGUUCCGACCACAAGGGCUUGUAAUUCGCUCGUGAGUGUCUUAUCAAUGGCUGGUGAGGUGGAGGAGGCGGAGGCUGUUAUGUGGGAGGGGGUUGGAAUGGGGCGGUGCCCGGACUUCAUUACUUGCAGAACGGUGGUGGAGGAGAUUUGCCGGCAAGGAAGGGCGGGUGAUGCUGUAGUGCUGCUGAGGGAGAUGAGACAGAAGGAAGUGAUUGAUGGGCGGUUCUACAAGGAGCUUCUUGCUGGACUGGGAGAGGAAUAUCGGGAUUAUUGGGAUCAAAAUUAAGUUGCUGCCGUAAAAGAUUGAUGAAUAGGAUCAACGGUCCAUAUAUGCUCCAGUGGCCUCUUGAAGCGGAGGAGCUUCACUACAGCCUCUGUGAAAGAUGAUGAACAAACCGCUAAGAGGAGCGGCACUAAUGGAUCCGUGGAAGCCUGCAAGCUUUGUACAGGACGUGCAAAGGGCGAGGCCCUCAAUCACUAGACUGAUAUUUACGUUAGAUGACCACUUUGGUGGCACCGCCGGCGGCGCAGCCAGAGAUGCCGGUGAAUGUUGUAAGAGAUAGUGCAGUGCAAAAAGUAGAGAAGAAAGAAUGUUGUUUUGAUUUGAAAUGGAUGUUGAAAGUAAGGGGGAGAUUUAUAGGUGGAAAUUGUCAUUGUUUAUUUUGUUUUAGUGUAUGUUAUUAGUAGAAAGGGGCAUUCACUACAUAAAUACCACAAUUUCUAUGUAAUUCUAUACCUACCAACUAAUCUUUGCUUAAUCUGGGAAAUUUAUAUACA